AUGACUACGAACCCUAGAAAGGGUACUGACCCUAACCCUUUGGAAGAAAGCGAUCAAUUGACGAUAAGACCCCUAGGAGCUGGCCAGGAAGUGGGACGAUCAUGUAUUAUGUUAGAAUUCAAAGGAAAAAAGAUUAUGUUGGACUGUGGUAUCCAUCCAGGUCUAUCUGGAAUGGAUGCAUUACCAUUUGUGGAUCUCAUUGAAGCCGAUGAAGUGGAUUUACUUUUGAUAUCACAUUUUCACUUGGAUCACAGCGGUGCACUGCCCUGGUUCUUGACAAAGACGUCAUUUAAGGGCAGAGUGUUUAUGACGCAUGCCACAAAGGCCAUCUACAGGUGGCUGGUAUCAGAUUACAUUAAAGUCAGCAACAUCUCGACGGAGCAGAUGCUGUACACGGAGUCGGACCUGGAGGGCUCGAUGGACCGCAUAGAGACGAUCAACUUCCACGAGGAGAAGGACGUGCGCGGGGUGCGCUUCUGGGCGUACAACGCGGGCCACGUGCUCGGCGCCGCCAUGUUCAUGAUCGAGAUCGCCGGCGUCAAGGUCCUCUACACCGGUGACUUUUCAAGGCAAGAAGACCGUCACCUGAUGGCCGCCGAGAUACCCACAGUGCAUCCAGAUGUCCUCAUAACGGAGUCCACGUACGGCACCCACAUCCACGAGAAGCGCGAGGAGCGCGAGAGCCGCUUCACGGGGCUGGUGAGCGACAUCGUGACGCGCGGCGGCAGGUGCCUCAUCCCGGUCUUCGCGCUGGGCCGCGCGCAGGAGCUGCUGCUCAUCCUGGGUGCGUACGGCGGCACACCCACACCCACACCCACUCACCACACUCGUCACCGACAUCAUGUUUCCACGCGCCCAGGAGCUGCUGCUCAUCCUGGGUGCGUACGGCGGCACACCCACACCCACACCCACUCACCACACUCGUCACCGACAUCAGGUUUCCACGCGCCCAGGAGCUGCUGCUCAUCCUGGGUGCGUACGACGGCACACCCACACCCACACCCACUCACCACACUCGUCACCGACAUCAGGUUUCCACGCGCCCAGGAGCUGCUGCUCAUCCUGGGUGCGUACGACGGCACACCCACACCCACACCCACUCACCACACUCGUCACCGACAUCAGGUUUCCACGCGCCCAGGAGCUGCUGCUCAUCCUGGGUGCGUACGGCGGCACACCCACACCCACCCCACACCCACUCACCACACUCGUCACCGACAUCAUGUUUCCACGCGCCCAGGAGCUGCUGCUCAUCCUGGGUGCGUACGGCGGCACACCCACACCCACACCCACUCACCACACUCGUCACCGACAUCAUGUUUCCACGCGCCCAGGAGCUGCUGCUCAUCCUGGGUGCGUACGGCGGCACACCCACACCCACACCCACUCACCACACUCGUCACCGACAUCAGGUUUCCACGCGCCCAGGAGCUGCUGCUCAUCCUGGGUGCGUACGGCGGCACACCCACACCCACACCCCCACUCACCACACUCGUCACCGACAUCAUGUUUCCACGCGCCCAGGAGCUGCUGCUCAUCCUGGGUGCGUACGGCGGCACACCCACACCCACACCCACUCACCACACUCGUCACCGACAUCGUCCACGCGCCCAGGAGCUGCUGCUCAUCCUGGGUGCGUACGGCGGCACACCCACACCCACACCCACUCACCACACUCGUCACCGACAUCAGGUUUCCACUCGCCCUGGAGCUGCUGCUCAUCCUGGGUGCGUACGGCGGCACACCCACACCCACACCCACUCACCACACUCGUCACCGACAUCAGGUUUCCACGCGCCCAGGAGCUGCUGCUCAUCCUGGGUGCGUACGGCGGCACACCCACACCCACACCCACUCACCAUACUCGUCACCGACAUCAUGUUUCCACGCGCCCAGGAGCUGCUGCUCAUCCUGGGUGCGUACGGCGGCACACCCCACCACACCCAAACCCACUCACCACACACUCGUCACCGACAUCAUGUUUCCACGCGCCCAGGAGCUGCUGCUCGUCCUGGGUGCGUACGGCGGCACACCCACACUCACACCCACUCGUCACCGACAUCAGGUUUCCACGCGCCCAGGAGCCGCUGCUCAUCCUGGGUGCGUACGGCGGCACACCCACACCCACUCACCACACUCGUCACCGACAUCAGGUUUCCACGCGCCCAGGAGCUGCUGCUCAUCCUGGGUGCGUACGGCGGCACACCCACACCCACACCCACUCACCACACUCGUCACCGACAUCAGGUUUCCACGCGCCCAGGAGCUGCUGCUCAUCCUGGGUGCGUACGGCGGCACACCCACACCCACACCCACUCACCACACUCGUCACCGACAUCAUGUUUCCACGCGCCCAGGAGCUGCUGCUCAUCCUGGGUGCGUACGGCGGCACACCCACACCCAAACCCACUCACCACACUCGUCACCGACAUCAUGUUUCCACGCGCCCAGGAGCUGCUGCUCGUCCUGGGUGCGUACGGCGGCACACCCACACCCACACCCACUCACCACACUCGUCACCGACAUCAGGUUUCCACUCGCCCUGGAGCUGCUGCUCAUCCUGGGUGCGUACGGCGGCACACCCACACCCACACCCACUCACCACACUCGUCACCGACAUCAGGUUUCCACGCGCCCAGGAGCUGCUGCUCAUCCUGGGUGCGUACGACGGCACACCCACACCCACACCCACUCACCACACUCGUCACCGACAUCAGGUUUCCACGCGCCCAGGAGCUGCUGCUCAUCCUGGGUGCGUACGGCGGCACACCCACACCCACACCCACGUCACAUCAGGUUUCACGCGCCCACCACACUCGUCACCGACAUCAGGUUUCCACGCGCCCAGGAGCUGCUGCUCAUCCUGGGUGCGUACGACGGCACACCCACACCCACACCCACUCACCACACUCGUCACCGACAUCAGGUUUCCACGCGCCCAGGAGCUGCUGCUCAUCCUGGGUGCGUACGGCGGCACACCCACACCCACACCCACUCACCACACUCGUCACCGACAUCAGGUUUCCACGCGCCCAGGAGCUGCUGCUCAUCCUGGGUGCGUACGGCGGCACACCCACACCCACACCCACUCACCACACUCGUCACCGACAUCAGGUUUCCACGCGCCCAGGAGCUGCUGCUCAUCCUGGGUGCGUACGGCGGCACACCCACACCCACACACCACUCACCACACUCGUCACCGACAUCAGGUUUCCACGCGCCCAGGAGCUGCUGCUCAUCCUGAGUGCGUACGACGGCAUACCCACACCCACACCCACUCACCACACUCGUCACCGACAUCAGGUUUCCACGCGCCCAGGAGCUGCUGCUCGUCCUGGGUGCGUACGACGGCACACCCACACCCACACCCACUCACCACACUCGUCACCGACAUCAGGUUUCCACGCGCCCAGGAUCCGCUGCUCAUCC